UCGGCACAUCCCGGGGUGGUGCACGGAGAGCGGACUACGGAGGUGCUGCUGCUGCUGCUGUGUGUCGGUCCUGUCCGCUGUCAGCCUGCAGCCAUAUGACCGAGCUGCUGCUCUGCAAACCAUAAACAACAACAAAGGAAAACAACAAACAAACAAACGCGGCAGGUGGCGCUGUGCUGUACAGACAAUGGCUCUCUCCUGGAGUCUCCUCCUGGCGUUCUUUGCCAUCCUGACACUGUCACACAGCACUGAGCCCGGAGCUCCUCACGGCAAGAGGAGACAGGCACAGACCUCAGCAGGUGGCAGCAACGCCCUGCAGCACCCUCUGCAAGGUCUACAGGGCCACCGUUACAGCAGGGACCGCAGCGGCGGGCAUGGGGGCCAGGGGGCCCGAGCUCCCAAAGCUGGAGCCGGGCUGCUAUCCCACAGGCCCCUGCACCCCCUGGCCAGGCCUGAGGAUGAUGGGAUGGGCCUGGAGAGUUUGAGCCCGGUGAGACUGGAGAUGGGCCCGGGCAGGGACAGAGACAGAGUGAGAAUGAGUGUGAAGAGUCCGUCCCAGGGCCGGGAAAACCAGCUUCUGGGGACACGCAAGGGAAGGGGGCACGGACACGGGAAUGGGCAUGGACACCAUUUUGAGCACAGGAAACAAGGGAGUCGUCGUGAUAAAGAGCGGCAUGGAAAAGGGUUUCUCCCAGAGCCUGAGCUGAGCUCUGCGUUUAAGGACAGAGAUCUGUUUGAGGAUUCUCUCUCCUCCUCUGCCACCUCCCCCUCGCUCAGCAUGACCCCACCCAGUGAAACCCCCUCCCCCAUCGCCGCCGUCUUUGGCUCCGGCUCCUCCAUGGUUACCACGGUGAUGAACGAGCAUCCCCCAACGCUGCCCCCGGCCUCUACCAAACCCCAGAGGUCCGGAAGAGGAAAAGGACAAGGAGAGGUGAUGCCAACAUUGGACAUGGCGCUAUUCGAUUGGACAGACUAUGAGGACAUGAAACCUGUGGACACCUGGCCGUCCUCCAGGAAGAAAGACAAGAGGCGGAGUAAGAACCUCAGCAGUGGAAAUGUGACUGUAGACGCUGACGCCAUCGAGCCAUGUGACCACCACCUGGACUGCCUCCCAGGUUCUUGUUGUGACUUGAGACAACACGAGUGCAAACCUCACAACAGAGGCCUCAACAACAAAUGCUACGAUGACUGCAUGUGUGAGGAAGGGUUUCGUUGUUACGCUAAAUUCCACCGGAAGCGGCGUGUGACCAGGAGGAGGGGUCGCUGCGUGGUGCCAGAGUCAGUCAGCAGUGACCAAGGAGGCUUCAUCACUAUCUGAGCAAGACAAGGAGGACACGAUGGAGGAGCGUGAAGGAAGAGGAGCAGGAAAAAUGUCCCCAUGACCACUUUGACAGAUAGUUUAAGCCAACACAUCACAUGACACUGCUAACACGCCACCAAGUGCUGAAAGGUGACGGCUUGCUGGUUUAUUAAAUCGAUGCCACAGUGUGAAACAUCUGGUCAGUUGACUUAACUGGAUAUAGUGUUUGACUGUUGCAUUGUGGGAUGAGACACAAGUUCUAAUCCAGCAAAUCGGCACCUUUAAGCACUUCUUUAAUUCAGUUAAACCCAUACAUCAGUUUGAUUUCAGUCUUUAUAUCACUGCAUCACUACAGAAUGUACAAGUUUUUAAACACAUCAUGACGAGGGGCUUUUCAAAACUUGCUCAGCAACGUUUUUUAUUUGUUUUAAAUUGGUAUAAAAGAUUCACUUGGCUGGCAACACAUCGCUGAGUGAAAUCUGUAAAAAUCUCCUGGUUUAUGAGUUAAUAUUCACCACAGUUAUGGUUUCAUUUUGAGCAACAGCAGAUUUUAUGAGUUUUGAAAACUGCUUUUUCAAAUGUCUCUCACGGUUUUUCCUGCAUCUUAUUGUCUCUGUCCUGCUGAUCUGAGUCAAACAAUGUUUACAAAUCAUUUUGUAUUAUUGCAUUCCUGUGCUCGGAGUCCCAAAUGGAUGAUUUUUAUUGGUUCAGGAACAUUUAAAUUGAGUCGAGUAAGCUGUCAUUCACAGAGGUGAUGCUGAAAUAGUUUCUGUGUGAACUCUCUGCUAUGUUUUGUUCCUUGGCUCACUCACUCUUCAAACAAAUGCUGAAAAUGGUUUAUAAAUAUUAUUUGAACCCAGUCUGCCGUCCUGUAUUGUAAAUAAGAACGUGUUUGAAACGAUUUUUGUUAAAUUGACGCCACUUCUCUUCAAAUGUACUUAACAGUAGAAGAUAAACAAAGAUGCUUGUUUGACCUUCCUUUUACAUGUCUUAAUAUAUGUUUUAUUUAUACCGUACUUCAACACAUGGUCGUCCAGAUAUUGUGUUUUCUGUCUUUUUUGUUUUCAUGAUUAAACACUUACUAGGAUAAACA